CUUCAACCACAGAUGGUCGACAGCUCUGUCAGUCACAUUGCAUCGCUUAUCAAUGUCAACAACAAUAAAGGGUCUGCUUAAGAGAGCGCUCUAGUUUAAAUAAAGUGAAACAAAGAUAAUAGAAAUUGUACUUUAUUAUUAAUUACCAUUCAACGUACUCAAUAUUAAGUAACUAAUAAUGUCUGUGACUAAGAAAGCAAAACGCGGCGUGAAACGCUCUAAUGACGGUGAUCUGGUCACAUCAACAGCUCCGCCGCCGGCCAAGAAGCGAAUGGUGGUCACACCUUGGCGCGACACUGAAGAGUUUGGCUUGGUAUACGAUUGGUUGUUUGGCAACGCGACAACGCCGGACGAUAUUCGGAAGGCGCUCAGCCAGAUGCGCAUCUGGAACUUGCGACGCGGCAGCCUCUGCCCCGCCUCGGUGCUUGCCACUGCUGUCCUGGUGCAUGCACAACUAGAAGACAAGCUGGGCAAUGUUAACAUUCAGACAACUUACGCCAGUGCCUUUACUCGCUUCUUCAACUUCAUGUCCUCCAUCAUGCAAAGCUAUAACAUGAGCAGCAUGUAUGAGACAGCUCGUCAACUGGGUCUGCCCUCGUUCAUUGUGGACUUGCGACAUCUUUGCGCCCAUGGACAAGAGCUGCCUCCCACUGCGAUCUUACGGAAUACCGCACAACAUUGCAUGAAAUGGCUACAUGAGUUUUACUGGCAGCCACAGCAGGUAACGAUGAAGGAUCUCGAUGCACCGAAGUUGCAGCGCAAGGAUAAGCUGAAGUUCGAGAUGAAACUGAAAAGCCUCUUGGAUAUCUUCGACGUGGCCCUGGAAUGUCAAUUGAAAGGAGCUCAGAAGCUGAAGGAAGUGCGUAAAUUGAAAAGCAGCGCCGAGUUUAACAAGUUGCGCAUAUUCUGCUCCAAACACAAUGUAAAAACCUCAUCUGAAGUUCUCAAUAAGGUGAUAAACCAACUGGGGAUUGUAAUUAAGCAGCAUAAUACAGCCAUGAAGGAUCUGCUAGACAUAUAUAUGGCCAGUGUGCUCAAGAUGAAGUAUUUCCUGGGCGCAGGAAUCAGUCACAGCAAGGAUGAUCAGGAGGAUGACAUUAUUCAGGCUACCCAGGAGCUGUUUCGUCUGUUGGCUGUACAGGGUUACAUUUUGAAUAUCUUUGUGGCCUUUGUGUAUCUGGCUGAGAAUCCAAAUGCAGAUACGGAGAGUCGUCAAGGUGCCAGCUAUUGGGCCAUAAAAAUGCUACAGACUUUUGGCAUGCUUGGCCGCAUGAAGCGCAUGUAUUCCGAGGAAGUGGAGAUUAAUCCAACGACGACAAAGGCGGUAGACUUUUCGAUGUACAACAAUCCAAAGAUGACGAAAAUAAUGCGAACUCUGCUCACUCAUUCGGGUGUAGACCCAACUCUUACCUUAAUCUUCGGCGAUUGUCCCAAGAAACCAUGUUCCUGGGUAUUUGAGCAAGACUUCCUUCUGAACAGAAUUGGUCACCUAAGCUUACACUCGGCCCCCCAUUUUAAAGGGGUAAAGUUGUCAAACAUCUGCUAAAAUUAUUUUAUUAAU